GAAACUUCGGGGCUUGCAGAAGGUGUUUUAGGGAAAGGAUCCACGUGGCUCACAAGGCACAGAAAUGUGAUUUUACUCUUCGAGGAGAGAAUUACAACUUUUCGUUUUGCAGCUCAAGUUGCUUAGCUCUCACCGUUAUGGUCAAAUUUGAGGGGUGGAGGGUGGAAGAGGCUGAGAGGUAGAUUGUGUCAAAGAAGAAAGGACUGAGUGCCGAAGAAAAGAGGACUCGUAUGAUGGAGAUAUUUUUUGAGACAAAAGAUGUGUUUCAACUAAAAGACAUAGAGAAGAUUGCUCCUAAAGAAAAAGGCAUUACUGCUAUGUCGGUGAAAGAAGUCCUCCAAAGUCUGGUUGAUGAUGGCAUGGUGGAUUGUGAGAGGAUUGGAACAUCGAAUUACUAUUGGGCUUUUCCCAGUAAAGCUCUUCAUGCAAGGAAACGGAAGUUGGAGGUUCUGGAAUCUCAGCUGUCUGAGGGAAACCAGAAGCAUGCGAUCUUGCAGAAAAACAUUGAGAAAGCUAAAAUUGGCCGACAUGAGACGGAAGAACGGACCACGCUAGCAAAAGAGCUUGUUUCCCUGCGGGAGCAAAGGGAACAGCUAAGAGCAGAAGUGGACAAAUAUAAGGAAUGUGACCCACAAGUCGUAGAAGAAAUACGUCAAGCAAAUAAAGUAGCCAAAGAAGCCGCUAACAGAUGGACUGAUAACAUCUUUGCAAUAAAGUCUUGGGCCAAAAGAAAAUUUGGAUUGGAAGAAAAUAAAAUUGAUAAAAAUUUUGGAAUCCCCGAAGACUUUGACUACCUGGACUGAGUCGCUAGCUGCUGGGGAUCUGGGAGCUUGUGACUCUCUCGGUCUCUGAUGCUUCCUGCCCAGUGUGCUGAACUGCCACUACCUGUCACUGUAUCUGUCACUCUUUGCAUUCUAAAUAAAGUGUAAAGUCCA